GAUUUUACUUUUAAACAAACUAAUACCGUAGUCGUAAAACGGUACCGUCCUGAGACGAUAAGACUACAAGGGAUCACACCGGACGACAAUACCCUCUGGUGGACAUAUUGCUUGAACUACACAUAUUGAAGCGACUUGUUUUGCUUGCACAAGCUGAAUUUCCUCUCUGUUGUCCACGUUCGAAAAUGAAAGAUUAAGGAUCCAUACUCUUAAGAGUGGGAGAGAGGGUAUAGAAGGGGGAGAAACUUUCCAUGUGUUCCUGUGUGAGUGAAUGCAGGGAGCGGAUACGAACAACCAUUUAGCAGUUUCUUUAGAAAGAGACUGUCGAUUUUGAUCGACAAAACGGGCUAAAAAAAUAUACAAAUGCAGGAGAAAGAAAGGACGUUUUAGAGCGCGUUUUGUAAACAUGCUAGUUUAAGAAUAUUUUUUGGAGAAUGGUGGGAAUUUGAGUAUUCUGCAGCACCGCGUUCACGCUUCUAGGCUUGGUUCUGCUCGUUUUGAUGCCAGAUUUACUACAAAGGGCGGAGUGGUUUAUGGAUAGAGAUAUUAAAUUUUUCUAUCACAAUUUUUUGUGUCAGAACAAAAGUUAUCGUGUCACAAGUUGUUGAAAAAACGGCUGUGUGUGUUGAUGUGCUCACUAAGUAAAUAGAAUUGAAUGCUCCGCAAAGCUGUUUUAAUACCUGCACGAGCCGGUGUAGUAAACGAACGAACCCACAGCUUCAACGCAUACACCUCCCAGAAAGCAGCGGGCCUCCUUCAUGUUUUUUUCCCUGCUGCUCGGUGGGACAUGGAGCUGUAAAUGUAAAUUUCCGAAAGAUGGGGGUACGUUGGGCCAAAGGAGGACAUUAUCUGGGAUUUUGUGGAAACUUAUCACAUGAUAAUGGAGCAGAAUUAUUGGAAUACAUGUAGUUUUGUUGAUAAAGUGACCGGUGGUUGUAUAAUGAAAGCAAAGUGGGAGAGUUGUGUUACUCUGUGUAUAAUCUGAGUUUCACUUCGACAUAUUUUCUUUAAAUUCGCUUAAAAACCCAUUAAAGAGGCGCUUUGAUAGUGCAACCUUUGCUAUACUUUGCAUUAAUGCUUUUAUAGGCCAUCUUUUAGUUUGUGUGUGUGUGUGUGUGUGCCUUUUUUGCACACAUUGAAAUUUAUAAUGGAUGAAGAGUGUUGCCCAUCCAACAGUAAAAUAAAGGAAUUUUCAACUCUACGAAACAGGAAAAUCUGUGACUCAAAAGCACCACCAAUCCAGGUUAUAUCAAAAGUCAAAAAUGUCCAACCUGCAGACAUGUCAAAAGAUGGCACACAGCUUCCAUCACCUCCAAAUACAAUCACCUAUCAACCAAGAAACAAAGCGCUUUUUUUUCUCGUCGUGGGGUUAUCAUUCUCUACACGCUUCUACAAGUUAGCAGAGCCUCAGCGCUGGGCUCCUGCCUUCCUAUCUUUACCUUCCUCAUCGUGCUGGAGCUGUCUCAGUCUCAAAGUGCUGCUCUGAUCACGGCCAGCCUGCUCAUAUUUGACACGGGCUGCAUCACUAUCUCUCAGUACAUCCUGUUAGACCCAAUACUGAUGUUCUUCAUCACGGCGGCUGUACUGAGUAUGGUCAAGUUCAACCAGCAGAGUUACAGGCCUUUCACUGCCCCGUGGUGGGUGUGGCUGGUACUGUGUGGUGUAAGCCUCUCUGGGGCUGUUGGGGUAAAGUUCGUAGGCCUGUUUAUCAUCUUCCUAGUGGGCCUGAACACAAUUUCAGACCUUUCUCUUCUUUUGGGAGACCUGAAUCUGUCUCUGAUGGACGUUUCAAAGCACUUCCUGGCUCGGGUGGUUGGGCUCAUCCUCAUUCCUCUCUUCCUCUAUGUUACAAUAUUUGCAGUCCACUUUGUUGUGUUGAACAAAAGCGGGCCUGGUGAUGGUUUCUUCAGCUCUGCCUUCCAGUCCCGUCUAAUUGGAAACAACCUGCACAAUGUGUCCAUUCCCGAGUAUCUGGCGUACGGCUCAACCAUCACAGCAAAAAACCUUCGUAUUGCUGGCGGUUACCUUCACUCCCACUGGCACCUAUACCCAGAGGGGGUUGGAGCAAAGCAGCAGCAGGUGACUGCCUAUCUCCAUAAGGACAACAACAACUUGUGGCUGGUUCGAAAACCUGAGGAAAACGAUUCUGAGUCCAGGACUCCGGUUCUGGUUCGUCAUGGAGACAUCAUUCGACUGGAGCACAAAGAAACAACUCGUAACCUUCACACCCAUCUUCAUGAAGCUCCUCUCACCAAAAAGCACUUUCAGGUGACCGGCUACGGCACUAACGGAACGGGAGACUCCAACGAUCUAUGGCGGGUGGAGGUAUGUGGAGGCCAGAAGGGAGACCUGGUGAAGGUACUGCGGAGCAAAGUCCGCUUUCUGCACAAAGCCACCGGCUGUGUGCUCUACUCCUCUGGAAAGACUCUUCCGAAAUGGGGGUGGGAACAGGUCGAGGUCACCUGCAGUCCGUACUUGAAGGAGUCUCCAAGCUCACAGUGGAACAUAGAGGAUCAUUUUAAUCCAAAAUUGCCCAAUAUUAGUUUGUCCGUGCUGAAGCCCAACUUCCUGGAAAUUUUGCUGGAGUCCCACAUAGUAAUGAUAAGGGGGAAUAGUGGCUUGAAACCCAAAGACAAUGAAAUGAACUCCAAACCUUGGCACUGGCCUAUCAACUACCAGGGUUUGAGAUUUUCUGGCGUAAAUGAGACAGAAUAUCGAGUUUACCUGCUGGGAAACCCGGUGGUCUGGUGGAUCAAUCUGGUUACUUUAGGGUUGUACGUCAUCAUGGUGGCAGUGGCGUCUGUCGCUAUAAGGCGAGGCUUGUCUUUGAACCAAAACAGUCUCGAGCAUUCACAGGUUCUGAAGAGAGGCGGCGGCCUGCUGCUGCUCGGCUGGCUGCUGCACUACCUCCCCUUCUACACCAUGGGCCGCGUCCUCUACUAUCACCACUACUUCCCCGCCAUGCUCUUCAGCAGCAUGCUGACGGGAGUUACACUGGACAUCCUUUUCAAAAGCUCUGACCUGCUGCUGCAACCUAUUUAUUCUGACCGACUGAAGGUUGCUGGAUGGUUGCUACUUCAAUUCAGCAUCCUUUACAGUUUCUACCUGUUUCAUCCUCUGUCCUACGGCAUGAUGGGUCCUCUUGCUCAUGAGUCAGGGAGUGCAAUGGCGGGCCUGAAGUGGAUGGACUCCUGGGAUUUCUAGUUAUCCUUGUUUGAUGAAGAUGCAGAUGGAUUCUCGUCAUAGACCUUGAGUAUUUGAGCUCUUGAUGGAGUUUGAGUCUAAACAUUUCAUAUGUUGUCUUUCUAUAAGAAAAAUGUGAAUUCAAUUUGAAAAAGCAGAUUGUGCAAUCCAUUAAGGUACACAUGAAUUGUCACCAAGUGGCCUUUAGUGACAAAUUAAAUUCCAUUUGAAAGAGACAAAAGUUUGUUUUUCUUACCAGAAAAUUUUACUUUCCGUAUUUUCAGUUGAGAUUUUCCUGCCUUUUAGUAUUAUAGUUUGACAUUAGUUCUGGGAGGAAUUCUGCUUUUGUGUUUUUUUUAUUUGUUUGUUUAUUUUUCAGUGUGAUCAUAUGCUCAAUAAAUUGUUUUAUUCUUGUAUUCAAUGUCCUGUUGCCUUUUAUAUAAUUUACAAACACAAAACAAGAUGUACCACAAAGUCAAAAAUUAGCAACCUCAAACCUCAAAAUAUAUAUAAUAAUAUUCAUUUAUGGUGUUUUGGGGAAAUGUGUGAUCAAUAUGAACAUAUAAUGUUCAAAAUAAGAAUGAAACAACCUAUAAAUAUUAGACAUUUUAAUGUAUUUGUUUACAUUUUAGCUAAAAGUCCACAUAAAGAUUAGGGGGAAAAUACAUAAAUUCUGAGAAUCACAUCAUGAAGGAAAGGAAGUGCAAGAAAAUAACUCCUAAACAUUAUUGUGGGUGAUAUAUAGUAAUAGAAAAUCCCAUGUUUAACUUACUUUUUUUUUUUUAGUUCAAGAGGAUCCUAAUUGAUACAGAGUGCACUUUGUUUUAAAGGGAACUUAUAUUUCCAGCUGUCAAAAGAUAAAAAAACAUUAAAUAUAGAAAAAUAUAAAAAUUAAAUUAUUAUAAUACUUAAAAACUACAUUUUUAAAUGAAUGGCUAACUGGCCACAAAAACAUAAAUAGAUUGUAUUUUUCUUAACACUGAGGUGAAGCUUUGUAGCCCUCGUUGGGUUUUGGUCGGUAAGAAAUACCUUUAGCGCCCUCUGGCGACGUGAUGACGAAAAGCAUCGCCACACCUCAAAACAGAAAACGUCUCUUGCCAUUGGU